CAUGGAACGGUACGAAAGUGACCGCGACGUGUCCGAAGACGAGCAACAUUUUUUAGAAUCGGGUGACGAUUUUACUUCGGAUGAAGAACAAAGUGUUGAUAUUGUGGCGGAAGAACAAAAGGAAGAAAGUUCGUGUGAGGAAAGUGUAAAUAGUAAUAAGUUUUCGAUUGAUAGCAUUUUGGGACUAAAUAGGAAAUGCAAAAAUGAAGAGGACAAAAUUAACGCCAAAGAAAUUAAGUUUGUUAAGCCUACACCGCUGCCGGCGGCUCCACGCACAGGUUUAUAUCAAUCAGUCAUAGAUUUGCAACAAUUUGGAAGACCUGAUCCUGCUCCUCCCGAUCCUGGAUUGUUGGAAUUUCUUUCAAAUUCUAAAGUUUCAAGCUCUCAAAAUAGUUCUUCCGAAUCAUCUUAUAUCCCUUAUCAUCUUCACCCUGGAACAAGCUCUUCUUCUUUUAUUUACACAAAUUGGUUGAAUGCAACUGCAGAUCAUAAGACUUCUAGCCACAUUUUUGGAUUACAGGCGCCCAAACCGGCCAAUCGCAGGUCCAGAAAACCGGGACUGGACCGAAAACCCAGACAAGCCUACAGCGCCAAACAACUGGAAAGACUAGAAAGCGAAUUCAAAGUCGACAAAUAUCUAAGCGUUAGCAAAAGAAUGGAGCUUUCAAAAGCCCUCAAUCUCACUGAAGUACAAAUUAAAACGUGGUUCCAAAACAGGAGGACAAAAUGGAAGAAACAAUUGACGACGAGACUCAAAAUGGCGCAGAGACAGGGACUUUUCCCACCGCAUUAUUUCGCGCCAGCCGCACAACAGUAUUCUGCACUUUUUACGCCGUACUAUUCGACACUUGGGUGCGUUUUUGGCGUCCCGACGAUAGAGGACGCCACAGCGACGGAAACAGUCCGAAGAGGAUCUAUUUCAAACUGAAUUUAUAUCGACAUUAGUUCAUUGUAUCUUGCUGUAUAUUUGUAUUUAUUAUUACAUAUUAAAUUAAUUAAUUUAGA